AUCAGCUGACAGCAGCCGGUGAGUGUUUUGACAGAGACAGCUGUGUGUAGAGGAGAGGUGAGGUUGGUCUGUAACCUCACACAGAGUAGCUUCACAUACAGAUUCCUGGACACCAACUUACUCACACUGGUUUUAAUUAGGUGAGUCAACGCAAAGAAAGAAAGAAAACUGAAGAAGAAGAAUUAUUUGAUAAAGAAAGACGACUGAUAGGAGAUGUGUGCUGCUGUGUAUGUCCUGUCUACGGUAACGGGCUACGUGCUCACCUCUGCCCUGCUGAUGAAAUGCCCAAAUCUUCUGCACCGGAAGAAGCGAGAGACUUUUCGCAGCAGGCACAUUGCCCAUCGUGGAGGAGCAGGUGAAAACCUGGAAAACACCAUGGCAGCUUUCAAACACGCUGUGGAUGUUGGCACAGACAUGCUGGAGUUGGACUGCCACCUGACAAAGGAUGAAGAGGUAGUGGUGUCACAUGAUGCCAGCCUGCAGAGGGCCUCCGGCAUCAACGCCCACAUCUCCAGCAUGUGCUACGCUGAGCUCCCUCCGUACCUCUGCAAGCUUGGUGUAACUUUUCAGCGAGAGUGUUUCUGUGAAGGGGGAGAUGACAAACGCAUGCCUCUCCUCAAGGACGUUUUUGAUGCAUUUCCCAAUACCCCCGUCAACAUCGACAUCAAGGUCAACAAUGACAUGCUCAUCAAGAAGGUCUCUGAGCUGGUUGUCAAGUACGACAGAGAGCAUCUGACGGUCUGGGGCAACGCCAACAACAAGAUUGUAAAGAAGUGUUACAAAGAGAACCCGCGUAUUCCAGUGUUGUUCAGUCUUCCCAGAGUAUUGCAGCUGUUAGGCCUCUUCUACACCGGCCUUCUGCCUUUUGUUCCCCUCAAGGAGCAGUUUCUGGAGAUCCCCAUGCCCUCUAUUAUCACCAAAAUAAAGGAUCCAAACAGAUUAACAAGGAGUCAGCGAAUCCUCACCUGGCUGGCAGACACUUUGCUGAUGAGGAAAGCUCUGUUUGAUCAUUUAACUGCCAGGGGAAUACAGGUGUACGUUUGGGUGCUGAAUGACGAGGAGGACUUCCAGAGGGCGUUCGACUUGGGAGCCACGGGAGUUAUGACAGAUUUUCCCACCAGGCUUAAGGACUUCAUGGACAGGAAUGGUAUUUCCAAGCCCCAGUGACCUGCCAAAAUCUACCUCACCCUUCAACCUGACUGACCUGCCAAUCCAGCCCCCUCCCCUCCCCUCCCCCGAAGUGCACCCACUUCCGCUGCAUGCAUUCCAGCGGGGCUCCUUUCACAUUGUGCUUUCAUAGCUCUGUACACUGCACUGGCUUGAGGAACCAGUUGUUCACAUCCCAAUCACAUAAAAUACUCUAUAAGUGCGCACACCACAUCUGCUUUAUAUCAUUAUCUCAUUUCAGUUGCGUUCUUCGUUCCCUUGCUAGGUACCCACUUGCACAAACAACAGAGUGAGAUUUCUAUAUACAACCACACAAUCUUUUUAAAGACGCUAAACUCAAAAUUCAAAGCAUAUCUAUUAUUUAGGGAUUGCCUCCACAUGGCGCUCAUGACGUCUGGGUAAUUUGAUAACCGGCAGGCUAACCACUUUUGCUUCAUGUCUCCCUGUCUCCCUUGCUGUCUGCAGUUCUCUUUAUACAUCCAUGGUGAUGACAGCGUUAAUAGCAGUAACCGCCGUAUAAGUGAACAGCAGCAGCAAUAAGAUAGACAGUGGGGCAGAGCGGGAUCCUUUUCUGCUAAGGACGUCAUUACUACACUUUAUCUUUACAUAUUCAAUAGUUGUUUGAUGCUUUAUUAAUGCUACAAAUUUCCAAUUUAGCACCUUUAAGUAUAUUUAUAAAAUGGAACAAAAUGGCCAUUAAAAUAGCAGCCUUGAAUUUCACAAUAGAUUAAUGUCUUGAUUUGAAAAUAUUAAUCAUUUUUAUGCUUUUAAGUAAAGGACAUAUUGCAGUAUUAUUGCGUUAUUGUUCAAGUAGUUAAAACACCAGCAGAUGCAUUGUGAUGUUAAUUUGCGAGCAGCUCAACAAUGUUUUGAGGUCUGAUUUUCUUCUUCCUUUUUACAAUCUGAAUGUCACUUAGCACAUGCAAUAAUACACUAAAUCUAAGAAGUUCUGAGAUUUUUUAAAUAUGUACUAGAACACAUAAAGUAUUGCUACUUGUCAUAAAUGACAGCGUGCAGACAGUGUACUGAGGAGGGUUGUGCCACUGCUCCAUAUUGACAAUUCAAAGGCACAUUCAGUUGAAAUCACUGUUUUUAUAUGAUGUGUUUUAAAGACAAUAUGUUGUAUGUUUAUGUGUAGUCAGUUAGUCUCUAGAUUUUCCAUUGAAUCAAAUGAUAUGACUGAAACUGACUGAGUUAAUCCAUUAAUGAAUCUAAGAGAGACCUUUUGCACAAAUUGAAACUUUUGUUUUUUUAUGCUAAUGAGUCCAUUUUCUACUGUGUUAUGUGAUCGUAAACCGAUUGCAUUUGUAUUUAAGAAAGAAUGAUCAUUUUUAAUGUAUGAGCUUUAAAAAGUGCAAUGAAAAUACAGUAGAAACUCUGAUACAUGUUGAUUGAUUGCUUCAUUGCAUUCACUAGAAAUUGAAAUAUAUUAAAGACAACAGUGCUUUAACAAUCCCUUGCUGUGGUUGUAACAGUAUGAAAAAGUAAAAAGAUGAUUAGGUUUAUGACACUACUGAUGUUCUGUUAUCCAGCAUUGUCACCCCACAUUAAGGGUCGUGAUGAAUGUAGUAUUGGUUGAAUAUGCUGUCUAUCGUUCGGUAUUUUACAGUCAAAACAGUAUUGCUGUGUUAUUUUCUUAAGUUUGUUGUUGGGAAUUUUGUAUUAGUGCUGUCACUGAUGGAUGGAGUGAAAUCUGCGCAGUUGUUUGUCUGAUAUUUUGUUUUGAGAACACCUGUACAUCCAAAAAUCAUUGUGAUCUACUAAUCAUAUCACAGAUCUUACAUUAAUGAUUUAGUGAAUAUUUUGAUGCCAUUAUCUGUGUUGUACUCAGUGUGUGUUUGUGUUUGUUUUGCAUGCCUAAAUGAAUAUUUGUUAAUGACAGAACCAGUUUGUGGGUCCUGGCUGCCCAUUAACAUGCCUUACCUAAGGAGUACGCCGUUUGAUUUGAUGAAAGAUUAUUUUAAAAAAGUGCAUUUUUAUCAAUAUCAAUAAAGAUAAAAUAC